CUUGGAUGAUGACGUAGAAGUGUCUUACCCUAUGCGCAUGUCUCGCAGCGACUGAAGAGAACAAUGGAAACUAUCCGUCCUUAUAACUUUGAACCUGUUCGAAACGCUAGAGAUAUGUCAGAAAGUGAUUCUGGCGGUAGCGACGACGAUGACCAAACGCUUCAUGUCCCUGAUACGCGUACGGAACGACUAGAAAACACCGACUGGUGUACUUGUGGUCUGUGUAUCGUCAUGCCGAGCAUUACAGAAUGCAUCUGCUGCAAGGAAGUCGAUGCUCUGAGCUGGAGACUUCAUGGCGUGCGAUGUGCGACAGCGCAUGACAGUUUUCACACUGUCUGCUUACACUAUGAAGUUCUACGCACAGCGGUAGGUGUCAUGAACGUCUCUCCAGGCUCCAUUACAGAACCUCUUACGGCCAGGCUUUUGAGACUGGCGGCUUACCGCCAAUUUACUCACUGGGCUCACGAGAUGUUGGGGAGAGGUGUACGAAUAGUCAUACCAUCGUGUGUGGUGUCUGCCGAACGCAGAGCGUUUCCAGAAGAGAGUGGGCACUAUGUUGGCUUUAGAGAUGCUAAUGAUUCUCAGUGAUGUAUUAGCUAACAAAUGAAUAUGUAGUUGACACAAACAACUGGAAACUGGACUAAUACUUCUAAUUGAAUCUAGUACUGUACUAGUUCUGCGUAUAAUCUCUUCUUUGGGAGGCUGUUCGUGCCCAGCUAUAUUUAUGGGUAAGUGCACUGGUGGAUCUUUAGCUUUGUGGUGCCUUAUGGGAUUGUGCUCCAUUGAUCUUCUCUUCAGCACAGACGUUGAAAUUUUGUGGAGGUAUUGAUACGAUUUUGUCUCAGCUAUAGGCUUUGCUACCCAGGCUUUGGUAGCUUUAGGAAAUACAACUUUAUACCUCUUGAUUCCUUCACUUGUUGUUGCUUGUUCUCGAUCAAUGUUGUAAUUAUGGUCCAGAGCAGCCAGCUGUAUUCUUGUCAUCAUACCCUUAUACCCAAAAUGCUGCCUUUUAGGACAGUACUUUGUGAGAAGUGAGUGAAACACUUCUAGCAUGCCUGUGUGACAAAAUUUGGUGAGCUUUGGUAUGUCUCUUAGUAACUUUUUGUCUAACACAACCUCUUUUAGGGCCUCAUGAGCAUUGGAGCCAGGCUUCAGCCAGGAUUUUUCGUCACAUUCCUCACGUGUUAGCUCUUCGUGUUCACAUGUUGUAAACUUGCUAGCACCUUCCCAAGAGUGGACGUUUUACUAUGUGGUGGAUAACUGAUGUCCACUUUUCAGUAAGUAUUUGGGAGUCUCCAUCACAAGACUGAGAAGACCACCACAGGUGAUUGGAGAUGGAUUGGAUCCAUGGCAGGAGUUUAGUGCAUCUCUUAGAUUUUCCCUUCUGUGUCAGCUUUUUUGCUAUUCCUUUAGACACAUGCCAAACAUCAAAUUGAUGGUCUAUGUUGGGGUAUUUCUUUCUCAUGGUAGCUGCAAUUUGGAUAUGUCUGUCAGUUGCAAUUUGUUUGAUGUGCAAGCCUUCAGUUUGCAGCUUUUGAAGUGAACGUUCAAAUCCUUCGCGUUCCAUGACAACAGAGUUGGCAACUUCACUGACUUGAACAAGUUGGAAGUCAAGUAUUAGUCCAGUUCCUGCUCAAUGUGAGUGUAUGUGCCAUAUUUGGCAGAAUAGC